CUGCAUUGUAAUUAGGCAACCAUUCAAUGAUUGUCUAAAAACAUGGAUGAGGAACUUGCCAGUGCUGAUGUGUCCAUGAGUUUUCAGUGCCCAUCUCCCUCAGAGUUUGACAGAGGCUUCUUGGACCAGAGUUUGUCUGUGUCUGCUCUGUCACUGAUGGGACAGUCCACAUCGGUGCUGCCUCCAAAUAGAAUUGUUGUUGAGUACUAUGGUUCCAAACAAUCUCUCCUGGCCUCCCUGGGUCAGUCUCCCAACCCUGUGUCCCCCUCUCAAGCCAUGAACCUGAACUCUAAGGAGGCUACACAAACACCACGGCUCACUAUACCUGUAGAGAGCAAGUCCUCUACUCCCGCUGAGCAGGUCCUCCUCCAGAAACCCAAACUAGCCUGCCCAUUGGAUCUGUCCUACAUUGAUCUGACUGCCUCGCAGGUUGCCUGGGAGGUCUCCCUAAUCCGACCUGAGACCAACAGUCCAAAACCGAUCCUUGAGUCAAGCACAGGACAACCAGAGGUCCUGGAAGGAGGUCACUAUGGGUUCUAG